CAUAUGAUUUUUCACAACGCUUCCUGAAUACCGCUGCAGAUGCUCUAGAAAACAUUACUCCGUUUCUCUACCUUUUUUGUAUAACUAAUUCGUUAUACAAAAUGAAAAUGCACCAUAUAAUUUUGAUUUCUUUCUUCAUUAUGGGGGCUAUCGCCGGGAAGUACUCAAAAGAAAUUAAUGAACAAAAGGCAUCUGAAGGCAACAGUCAGGUGGAAUUUAGGAUUGCCAAACUUAAUCAGGUUUGGGAAAAGGCAAUAAGGAUGCAGCUUGCUCCGGUGCGACUGUCAGAACUACACAGUGAUCUAAAGAUCCAGGAGAAAGAUGAACUUCAGUGGAAAAAGCUAAAAGGAGAAGGCUUGGACGAGGAUGGAGAGAGAGAAGCCAAGCUCAGACGAAAUUUUAAUAUUAUUUUGGCAAAGUAUGGAAUGGAUGGGAAAAAAGACACACGGACGUUGGACAGCAAUAGAUUAAAGGAUCAUGAUGUUAAAGAGGGAGAUACAUUUGAUGACCCCAGAUUGGACAAGCUGUGGAACAAGGCCAAAACGUCUGGAAAGUUUUCUGAAGAGGAACUCCAGAGCCUGCAGAGAGAAUUCCUGCACCAUAAAGACAAGAUUAAUGAGUACAACAUUGUCAUGGAUACUGUCAGCCGGACCGAAGAGAUCCAUAAGAAUGUGAUCACCCCUCUGGAGGGUGAAGGGAAGGAAUAUGUUCUCCAUCAGAAACAUUCAGAUCUGAAGCAGAGAAUGAGAAACCUUAACCAGGGCUUUGAACGGCUCCGCAAGAUCACCCAUGAGGGUUACAGUGCUGACAGCGAAUUUAAGGAGCCACGAGUCAUAGAGCUUUGGGAGAUGGCGAAAAGAUCUAAUCUUACUGAGGACGAACUUAGCUCUCUUAAAGAGGAACUUGGACACUUUGAAACAAAGGUGGAAAAGCAUCAGCACUACCAGGAGCAGCUGGAACUGUCACAUCAGAAACUGAAGCAUGUUGAAGCAUUGGGUGACAAAGAACACAUAAUGAGAAACAAAGAGAAAUACAACACUCUUGCUGAGAAAGCACGAGAUAUGGGAUACAAGAUGAAGAAACACUUGCAGGACUUGAUGAAUAAGAUUUCCCGAAAUGGAUUGCAACACAAUGAACUCUGAUUACCAUUUCUUUGCCACCAUGACAACACUACUACAAAUUAUAAUCAUUCAGAGGUCACACAUGCGGUUUCUCCCCUGAAUUCUAAAAUGUUUUCCAAUAUUUAUGAUUUAUGAGUCUUAAAAGAUAGGGCGUUAGGUUUAGCUGUUUGAAUUGAUAAGAUUGGUUAUUUGGUAAUUCUUGAUACUGAUUUUUAAUUUUUUUUUCAAAACAAGUUUGUAAAUGGUUACAAGCAGCUGUAUUGUGUUAUUGCUGAAAUCAUCAAUAUUUUAUUAAUUGUGGCCAAAUGUAUGUAUAUUUAAUAAUACAACUUGCUAAACUUAGCAAACAUACUAAAGCAUGUGGAGCAUCCUGCAGUCAUGUAGGCUUAAGAAUUUAACAUUCCAGUGUGUCCCAAAGAGACCACAUCAAAAUUUAUGAGAUUUCACUAACACUUUUAAAGCUUUCAUUGCAGCAAUUCUCUUGC